GUGGGGAAUGAUGGCAGUGGCAGUGACAGUGUUCAGUGUCAUACUGACCUGAGCACAUGUUGCAGUGGUACUGAGGGUUCUCAUCGUGGAGACUGGUAUUUCCCUGAUGAAACUAGACUGCCAUUCUCUAGAACAAUGCUAACUCACCAACUGGUAUCUAUCACUGUGAUAUUCCAACUAAUGCUGUCCAUGGUGAUAAUGACAUCUCAGUGAGAGACACAGUCUAUGUGGGACUGUAUACUGCCAAUGGAGG